AUGAAUGGACAGAUAAAAUUUCUGUUGGCCAUGUCAGCCUCCAAUAUCACCUCAACUCAUCCAGCAGUCUUCCUGUUGAUGGGGAUCCCAGGCCUGGAGCACCUACAUGUCUGGAUAUCCAUUCCAUUCUGCUCAGCCUAUACACUGGCCCUGCUUGGCAACUGCACCCUCUUCUUCAUCAUUCAGGGUGAUGCAGCCCUCCACGAGCCCAUGUACCUCUUUUUGGCCAUGCUGGCAGCCAUUGAUCUGGUCCUCUCUUCUACAACACUUCCCAAAAUGCUGGCCAUCUUCUGGUUCAGGGAUCGAGAGAUCAGCUUCUAUGCCUGUCUGGUCCAGAUGUUCUUUCUCCACUCUUUCUCCAUCAUGGAGUCGGCGGUGCUGCUGGCCAUGGCCUUUGACCGCUAUGUGGCCAUCUGCAAGCCGCUGCACUACAGCACCAUCCUCACCGGGCCACUUAUCACCAAGAUCGGCUUGGCUGCUGUGACUCGGGCUGUGACCCUGAUGACUCCACUCCCCUUUCUGCUCAGACGCUUCCACUACUGCCGAGGUCCAGUGAUUGCCCACUGCUACUGUGAGCACAUGGCCGUGGUAAGGCUGGCCUGUGGGGACACUCGCUUCAACAACAUCUAUGGCAUUGCUGUGGCCAUGUUCAUAGUAGUGUUGGACCUGCUUUUUGUUAUUCUGUCUUACAUCUUCAUCCUCCAGGCAGUUCUACACCUUGCCUCUCAGGAGGCCCGCUACAAGGCCUUUGGGACCUGUGUGUCCCACAUAGGUGCUAUUUUAGCCUUUUACACACCUGUUGUCAUCUCCUCAGUCAUGCACCGGGUAGCUCGCCAGGCUGCUCCACAUGUGCACAUCCUCCUUGCCAAUUUCUAUCUGCUCUUCCCACCCAUGGUCAAUCCCAUCAUCUAUGGGGUCAAGACCAAGCAGAUUCGUGAACGAGUCUUAGGACUGUUCCUGAGAAAGGAUGUGUAA